AUGGGCCCAGUGAAAGUCUCCAUUGAGAGAGCCUGUCCUCAGGCUCCAGCCCAGCUGUCAGAGAGCACUGAGACAGAGGGAGAGGUCCAGAAACUCUCCAGUUUAGUGCUGCCAAGUGAAGUCAUCAUUGCGCAGAGCUCAAUUCCUGGAGAAGGACUUGGCAUCUUCUCCAAGACCUGGAUAAAAGCUGGCACUGAGAUGGGUCCCUUCACAGGGAGGGUCAUUUCACCCGAGCAUGUGGAUCUCUUCAAGAACAACAAUCUCAUGUGGGAGGUUUUCAACGAAGAUGGCACGGUGCGCUAUUUCAUCGAUGCCAGCCAAGAGGAUCAUCGCAGCUGGAUGACUUACAUCAAAUGCGCUCGCAACGAGCAAGAACAGAACCUGGAGGUCGUGCAGAUAGGAAGCAGCAUAUUUUACAAAGCAGUGGAGACAAUACCUCCAGAUCAGGAACUGCUUGUGUGGUAUGGAAAUUCCCACAACACCUUCCUGGGUAUCCCAGGAGUCCCUGGCAUAGAGGAUGAACAGCAGAAGAAUAAAAAAAAUGAUGAAUUCAACCUGUGCGACACCUCCUCCACUACAGCGCUCUCCACCGCCUGCCGCAUGCGCUGCGUCAUCUGCCACCGCGGCUUCAACUCCCGCAGUAACCUGCGCUCUCACAUGCGUAUACACACUCUGGACAAGCCUUUCGUCUGCCGUUUCUGCAACCGCCGCUUCAGCCAGUCCUCCACCCUCCGUAACCAUGUGCGCCUCCACACAGGCGAGCGCCCCUACAAGUGCCACGUCUGCCAGAGCGCGUAUUCCCAGUUGGCAGGGCUGCGGGCGCACCAGAAGAGCGCCAGGCACCGGCCAACCAGCACAGGGCCUGUAGUAGGGCUGCAGGCGCACUCGCCCCCUCCUCCACCACCUCAACUGGCACAGGUUUCUCACCCGACCUCACUGUUGCAUCACAUUACCACCAUGGUGCUAUGAGAAUACAUGAAGCGUCUAAGAUGUUUGCAGACUCACAGGCUGUUCUUCAGUGCGGCUGGCUCAUAGAAGUCUGUCUAUG